AUGCCAGGUGUAAAUACAACUGCUGUGCCCAGCAAAGAUGGCCGUUCAACUAUGUAUCGAAUCACUACUACAAGUGCCAACAAAAACCCUGCUUCUGUUCCUCCGCCUUCCCAACCGACACCACCACCACCGCCACCACCGGAGUCAGCACCCACAUCUUCGGAGACUACAACCACUAAACCCGAUGGUGAAUAUACGGAUCAAGAACUACUAAACUUAGUGAGCUAUUUUGAAGCGAGCCGAGCUGAUCUAAAAAACCGCGUAGAUUCAUUAUUAGCUCAACCGAUUAUUAGACCAAAACGAAUCGAUUCUGCAGCACCAAAAUUAUUCGAUAAUGAAUAUAUCAAAACGCACGGCAAUAGCCGUACUUUGAAGCUUUACUCUCAAGGUGAUCCAAUCACAUUACCCGUUGCUUCGACUCUUCGUUUAUUGUCGAACAAUUCGACCAUUCAUUCGUUCAGUCAAGUUUGGAUUUCAGCAAAGUUUGCCUUUCGAGACUACACAAAUCCACUCAAUUAUGGUUUGAUUGCUGAUCGAACGAGUGCCCGUGGUCUUAUUCUGGCCGUUCAGGCUUUUGUUAUUCGCCAUUUGCUUCUUAAAAAUAUCCUGUCGUCCAAUAGACAUCGAUCAAUUUCGGUCAGUGUAGAAGCACGUAAUGAAGCAUUGGUUGAUGCAUUGACAGAAAUUCUAUGGCAAGCAGGUGAACAUCGAGGAGCAACAGUUUGUAUGCCAUACGCUGGCGAUGAAUGCUUUUCUAAUUAUGGUGCACAUUAUGUACCUGAUGGAGUAACAGAACGAUUACAUUUGUUCGAAUUCGUCGAUAUAGCAAAACUUCGAACAUUUGUUAUCAAAUGUUUACCAUACUUCAUGAAAGAAAAUGGUGUCGUUCUAUUUCUCUACAGUCUUAUGUUAUCGCGCACAUUGAAAAAACUGAUCGAAGAUCUGGAUCACACGCGCUUAGUCGGUGAUCGCGAUGAAGCAUCGAUUCAAAUGGUCAUGUUAGCUCUGACAGGUCGUGCAUUACACUACUUCCACAACGGAAAUAUUGAAUUCGAUAUAAAUGGCAAUCUCAUGGAAAGAGCGCAUAUUGGUGUUAAGGAUCGUUGUUCGAUUGGAUUUUUGUAUUGGUCAAAACAUGAAGAUGAUUCCUUUUGGCACAAACAAGAAGUUGGUUCUAUGCUACGAACACCGAAAAUACCUGUAUGGUUAAUUUGUUUGAACCGUCGUUAUGCAGUGUUAUUUUCAACUAAUAUCAAUCUAUUAAAUAAUUGGAUUUAUGAAAACUAUUUUCAAUUACAUGUUUAUACAGGUCUAAAGAAUCAAGAGGGUCCAUGUUUAUUGUCGAUUGAUACUCGAGAACAGUAUCCGGCAUCGAUCUAUGGCAAUUUCUUCGAGGAUAACGAAGCGAUCAUACCCGAGUUCGUUCAAUUAUUACACACAAGAUGGCCGGGAUGUACGAUCGAAAAUGGCGAUGAGAUUCUACACGAACUGAUGACAUAUUUCUAA